AUGGAAGCAGAGGAGGCAGUACCACCACCGCCGGCGGCCAUACCACCACCGCCGGCAUCGGAUCGACCUGACAUACCUCCUUUCGAUCCACCGAUCCGCUACCCGGACGGAUGGGACGCCCCUCGUGGCUUUUAUCGUUAUCCUCAACCGCCAGUCCCUGCAAUCGACGAGCAUCACUCCGACUCCAACGAGGAUCACGAAGGUGAGAGUGACCACGAGGAUGAAGAGAGCGACGAAGACGAUGAGGUGCCACCCCACAUGCGAUGGCACGAAAUCCAUGAGGACACCUCAGAGCCAUCCCCAGACGAGCAGCAAUGGAUAGCAGACCACGCGGACCGCUACCCCAGCGCCCUUGACCACGAGCACUGGGCGCAGCAGGCAUUCCUCGACCUAAAGGAUCCCGAGUUCGAGACAAUCGACACUGGCCGGAUAGAAUGGCACGUGGAAGCCUUCAACGGCACAAAAGAGAAGCCCAACACUGAGAAGAUCAUGCGUUCGCAAAUCGUCCGCAUAGCUGGGCUGGACUGGCAGAUCAAGUUCUACCCAAGAGGCAACAGAGACUCGGACAACUUGUGCGUCUACAUCGACUGCGUCAGCAUGAGGGCGCCAGAGUGGGAGGACCUCGAAGAGCUGGACAACCCGCCGUUCCCCGUUCUUGAGGGUGCUGAUAAGAUCAAGGUGCGGCGAUCGGUGGCAGCGCAAAUCGCGGUGGUCAUGUAUAACCCUGCAGAGCCGCGCGCGAAUGAGUUCAAGAUUGAGGCGCAUAACUACCACAAGAAGAACCCGGACUUUGGGUGGCCGUACUUUACGCACCAACGGGAGCUUCAAGUUCGUCGCCAGUCUUGGCCGCAAGCGAUUUUGAGGAAUGAUAAGCUCUCUUUUACGGCAUACAUUCGAGUCGUCCGUGAUCCUACGCGCUGUCUAUGGGAGCACGAUGAUCGCUCACCAGGUUCCUCUACCUCACUGAUCGGCCUACGGCCUUUCACGAGAUCCUUCCCAUACAUCGCUGCAACUAUCCCACUACUUCACUAUGGCCCGUUUCGAAAGCUUGUCCAACAGCUGAGCUCGAACACCUCUCUAAGUCGAUGGCUACAGACUGUGCUACUGAAGAUGUACUCCCGAAGUCAAAAGCUACCAUGCGAGUCACGCGGCCGAAGCAGGAGCCAGGACGACAAAGAUGUGGCGGAGGUGCUCUGGAAGAUCGCGCGAACUAUGAACGAGCAGCACCCUGGCCAUUAUGAUGCUUUCACGCAGCUAAUCGGGUCUUGCGAUCCGCAGGGAGGUGCUGCUAUUGGUCCCGGACGACUGAAUACUAAGGACUAUCCUUCCAUUCAAGCAGCAAUCAACAAGCAUCACGAAGCCACACCGCUGGCUCAGCCAGAGCUGCUGAUACUGGAGCUACAGCGUCAAGAGCACGAUAAGAAGGAGCGGAAGUGGAAGAAGAUCGCGAACAGUGUCGAUGUCGAAGAGCGCGUCACCGUCGGCGGUGUUUCCUACCAACUCUACGCCUUUGUCACGCAUCAGGGUCCCCUCCAUUCGCCCAGAUACAGCACUUACCUCAGGCCGGAUGGAACUCAGGGCGGCUGGUAUGCCUACCAGAAGGAUAAAGUGUUCAAGGUCACCGAGAAGCAAGCGAAAGACAAGCGCUCUGGGCCAAUCACUACCGGACACGACUCACCACACAGUGGCUACCAGGAUGCCACGGCUGAGGUGACCCAACUCGUGAUUUACGUGCAAGACGAGGCUGUUCCGAAGCUGAUGGCUCCCACACACGUAGAGACGUGGGCUAAACCACUGGAGACAACGCCGGACGCAAAUACCGAUAGCCUGGAAGUGAGACUACAGAAGGCAACCAGCUUUUCGACCCCAGAACCAGGUCUGACUGAUGGCGAAGACGUGAUUAUGAAGGAUGCGGACCAAGACUCAGAAUACGGCAGCGAUGACAAUGAUCCGGCUGCAAUUGGUGGUAUUGUAGAUUGGCUCGGCCGGCCAUACUACGAGGGCCAGUGGCAAGGCAAAAAGUAUCACGGUGGUGGAAACCUCAUCGACCUCAACGGCGACGAAUACCUCGGAAGCUUCAACCACGGCUUGAAGCAUGGCUUUGGCCAGAUGACUUACUCCACGAGCGGCAACGUCUACAACGGCGAGUGGGAGGACGAUCUGCCCCACGGCCAGGGCACACUCACCGAGAAGAGCAGCGGCAACAUCUACACAGGUGGCUUCAAACACGGCAAGAAGCAUGGCAAGUUCACCCUUACCGGCACCGUGACGGAAGAAGAUCAGAGUUGCUGCUCGAUUUGCUACGAGGAGGAGAUAGACAUCGCGUUCGAUAGAUGCGGACACGCCAUCGCGUGUCAUGAAUGCGCUUCGCAAAUUGACGUGUGUCCCAUCUGCAGGAAGGCGAUACAGUCGCGCAUUCGACUGGUGGGCGUUAAAGUUUUGAGUUCGUAG